AUGGAUAAAGGCACUAUUCGAAUUCUCAUGUUCCCAUGGUUGGGGUAUGGUCACAUAACACCCUACCUAGAGUUGGCCAAGAAACUCACCACUAGAAAUUUCAUUAUAUACUUGUGCUCGACUCCGGCUAAUCUCGGUUGCAUCAAGCAAAAAAUCAGCGAAAAAUUUGUGCACUCGAUACAAUUAGUCUCACUCCAUUUGCCAACCUUGCCAGGCCUUCCUCCUCACUUGCACACCACAAAUGGCCUCCCACUCGACCUCAUGCCAACACUAAAAGUGGCCUUUGACAUGGCCGAACCCGAGUUUGCCAAUAUUUUAUCAUCGAUAAAGCCCGACUUGCUAAUCUAUGAUUUUCUCCAGCCUUGGGCACCACUUGCUGCUUCUGUCCAAAAUAUCCCGGCAGUUGAGUUCAUUACCAGCAGUUCCACAAUGACUUCUCUCAUGUUUCAUCAUUUCAAGAAGCCAGGUAUCGAAUUCCCCUUCCCGAAGAUAUAUUUUCGUGAGUAUGAGAGUAAGCUUUUGAAUAAAUUGCUAGCUUGUGCAUCGGAUCCACGAGAAAAGGUUCGUGCUUCGGAGGGUGUUGCGAGGUCUUGCAAAAUUGUUCUGAUAAAGGGUUCAAGAAAAACUGAGGCCAAGUAUAUAGAUUAUGUAACCGAAUUAGUUGGCAAGAAGUUUGUACCAGUUGGUUCAUUGGUUCAAGAACCGAGCCUGGAGGAUGAGAAUUCCGAGAUCAUAGAAUGGCUUAACAAAAAAGAAAAGAAAUCUACUGUUUUUGUUUCCUUUGGUAGUGAAUAUUUUCUUUCCAAAGAAGACACUGAAGAAAUUGCUCAUGGUUUAGAACUAAGCAACAUUAACUUCAUAUGGGUUGUGAGGUUUCCUAAAGGCGUGGAACAUAAACUCGAGGAGACACUGCCAAAAGGGUUUCUCGAAAUUGUUAGCGGAAGAGGAUUGGUCAUCGAGGGAUGGGCCCCGCAACUGAAAAUUCUAGGACAUGAAAAUAUUGGUGGAUUUUUGAGUCACUGUGGGUGGAACUCAGUUUUGGAGAGUAUGAAUUUUGGCGUUCCCAUUAUUGCAUUGCCUAUGCAUCUCGACCAGCCUAUCAAUGCCAGAUUUGUUGAAGAUAUUGGUGUUGGAGUGGAGGUGGUGAGAGACUCAAAGGGGCAGCUUCACAGAGAAAGGUUAGCAGAAGUUAUUAAGCAAGUUGUGAUGGAAAAAAGUGGAGAAUUUGUGAGAGAAAAAGCCAACGAAAUGAAAGAGAAAAUAAGUGAAAAGGGGGAUCAAGAAAUUGAUGAAAUUGUGGCAGAAUUAGUAGAGGUUUGCAACAGCGGUCCUAGCAGUUAG